GGUUCUUCACAUCCGCACUUCCAGCUCGUAGCGAAGAUGGGGUCCAAGCACUCGCGCCUCUCUCACCAGCAUUCACCCGACGGCAAGACUCGUCCAGAUGCAUCCAAACCCCAUGACAAACGGGAGCCGGAAGCGGAAAUCUCGGAGGAGGCCCGUGCCGAGUUUACCGUAGAUGAUAUCUACAGUCCAGAGAACACUCGCCGUGCACUGAUACUUCGGAGCAGCGACCAUGACCGCUUCUGUAAGUACCGUAACUACUUCAAAAACCACCACAUGUCAUUAGCCCGAGAGGUGGGUCGCAAGACGAGCAAGAGCAAAGCGGAACUACUACGUUGGGUCGAGGACGCCGUGGGUCCCUUAGAGAGCGGUAGUAUGUUCACCAAAGACGAGAUACUCGAGAUCGCCAUGGUCUCAGUCGCUCUGACCGAGUACGGCGAGUCCUCACUGGCUAAAAUGUACAACCGAGGCGAGCUGGACGCUCUGCCCAAUAUCCCCUUACACACGCAUAACCUGCGUAUGCCGGCUAAGCAGCAAGCCUGUCGUGACGGCUCGGACGCUGUAAACAAAGACAAACUGGAGGCCGCACACUAUAUCGGACUGGAAGUGAUGCUCCGGCUUAACGAGCGCCUGCCGGUGGAGCAGCGUAUGGGCGAGGAGCUGCGAGAAAUCCUCAACCACCCGAGCAAUCUGCGCCUUAUGCUGGCAACUAGCAACCAAAUACUGCAUAAGAAAGUAGACGCGUUGCUUAUCAACGCCAAGAGUGCGUCUCUGUCCGACGUAGAAAGCAAACCGCAACGCAAAAUCUCCGCCAAAGAGUACGAUCGACUGGUCCAAAUUGCCAAACACGCCCAGGACCAGGGCUUCCAAGACGCCAUGAUCGCAGCCAAUGGCCACUAUUUAUACAGGAGCUUACGAGAACAGUUUAACUGCUUGGAUAUUGGCGCCCGCCCGCCCUUGUGGGAUGUCGAAAAGGACAAAAAUGAGCUCCGACGUCCUCCUCGAUCCAGAUAUCGCUCUCCGUCGCCUGUGCCACAUCAGCUCCGAACUCCUCCGUCACCUGAGAAAAAGCGAGAUCCGGAGCGUCGAAUGGUGCAGAACUCGUCGUCUUCUCCUCGUGCAAGUGAGAAGAAGCAUCGCAACCCUUUCUCUCGCUUAGCAUCCAAGAUAUUCCACUCGCACAGCAAGAAGAAGCACGCAGCUGCCGCCCGAUCCGCCUCAACCGUGCCCGACUAUGUGGAUUCGGACCAAGACGACAACGACGGGCGAGAACUUCACGUCGGUCCGCGUGGAGGCAAGUACUACGUCAACGAAGCUGGCAAAAAAGUGUACGUCAAGUAG